AUGUCUAAACUUUUUUGUCUAACUCUUCUACUGUGUGUUACAGCUUUUCUGAUUCAAAAUACAUACGCUGGUGGGGAAGGAUCACUUCGUCCUGAAGAUUGUAAAGCUGCAUGUGACGUUCGUUGUUCAGCAACCCAAUAUUUGAGUGCGUGUAUAAUGUACUGCAAUCUAUGUUGUGCAAAAUGUUUGUGUGUCCCAUCUGGAACAUUUGGAAACAAGGAAGAAUGUCCAUGUUAUAAUAACUGGAAAACUCAGGAAGGAGGACCCAAGUGCCCUUAA